AUGGACAGCGCGUUCAGCUUCCUCCCUUUAUGGGACGAUCCGGCGAUUAUCUAUAAGCCCGAGGAGGCUCUCAACGCCCUACAUGCCAAGAUCCUGAGCAUCAUCUUAAAGAAGGUCGAUUUACCCAAAGAAGGGGAGAAAUUCUACCCCCAAGAUGUUCUUCGCUCUGUUUUCUUUGUCAUUAACCAAAUAAUGACUGAUCUAUCCAUCGAUAAUGAGCUCCUCAACGGCAUCCGAGCUACUCAUAUCAGACUAGCUUUGUAUGGCUCGCCACUCAAGAUCAUUGAUGCUGUCCUUGUGAGAUGGUAUACCGAAGCUGCCGUUGUCCUCUACUCCCAUCAGACUGCUCGCUCGCCAGAUAUCGCUGGCAUGCAACGUGGGUGGACCCCCGGGUACCGGCGCAAUCACCAUUCAAUCGCCAACUUAGGCUUCAUGACGAUUCUUAGGGGCAUCGAGGUGUGGGCUCAUCCUAAGCACCCUAAGCUUCAGGCUGCCAGCCUCAUUUCCAAGGCCACCCUCGCGAUCCUUUACGCCACCUAUACUAUCGGGCCUCAUCUUAACGGCUUCGCGUUCAACUACCUUAGCGAGAUGCCUGUCUCUAAGUCGCGAGAGCUCUUCCUGAAGGUUUUUGUCUCCAUUUCCGGCAACGUAUACAAUGACGACGAGGCCUUUGCGACGCCCCCAGCCUUUGAAUUCGGUGCGGCUCGGGGCAACGUACGGAUCUGUCAGCAAGGGAAGAAGCUCCUCGUCAGAUCUCUGAGUGAGCAGUUCUACCGCGAGGCCCCUAACUGGCACCCGUAUCGACGAGUCCCCGGGUCUCCAUGGAACAAUUUUAUCAGAAACACGGAAUUGCCUGUCUUCUCGACCGACGAAAAUCAUGUGCCUCACACGAAGAUCAAGUUCAUUCUGCCGUACAACGCGAUCGUUCUCGCCGAUCAGUUCAAGGCAAAGUACGAUUGGGCCCGCGCUCUCCUCCAGUCCAAAAACCGACUUCCUCAGGUCUCCGAGGCGUCAAAACUGUUGCAGCUCAAGUGGUUUGCUCAACAUUCCGGGCGACGAUAUGCCAACAACGCCCCUGGUAUGCACACAGCUGAGUCUUUUAUGAGCGUUGGGAACGACUUCCUCUACCAUACGCCUGCAGUUCAAAAGCCCCGCGCAGACGCGAGUGGAUUUCUGACUCUCCCCUUCAUGUCGACUGCGGUUUAUGCAAUUGGGCGUCACGGUGAUCCCAUAGACACUCCUAUUCAAAGCUUUCUGGUUUUGGCCUUCAAUCAAGAGCUACCGGAUGAAGUGGCCAAUUAA